GUUUAACGUAUACAAUAAAACAAAAAACAAAAUUCUAAAAAUAUAGACAAGCUUUAAUAUCAUGAAAAUGCCAGCAUCUUCUAUACUAUAUGAGGGAAAUCCUAGCAAAACCCGCUCCUUACUGACUCUUCUAAUUGGACUGCUAAUAGGAUUUUGUGUGGCUCAGUUUAUAUUUUAUAUGAUUAUAUCUCAAGAUAUCGAAUCUAUUAAUACUUUAGCCAGAAAUGAGCGGCACAUGCAGCAACCGACUAACGAUGUUGGAAUAUCUAAUUUAGAUGUGAUCGAACACGAACAUCCACACGACAAUACGUCGGUCGCUGAUCAGUUGAAGAGCGAGGUGCGUUUGCUCUGUUGGGUCAUGACCAAUCCCAACAAUCAUAAGAAGAAGGCGCGCCACGUGAAACGCACCUGGGGCAAGCGAUGUAAUAAGCUGAUCUUCAUGAGCUCAGCCAAGGAUGAGGAACUGGAUUCUGUGGCCCUGCCCAUUGGUGAGGGUCGCAACAAUUUGUGGAGCAAAACAAGAGAGGCCUACAAAUAUAUCUACGAGCACCAUAUCAACGAUGCGGACUGGUUCCUUAAGGCUGACGACGAUACCUACACGAUCGUCGAGAAUAUGCGCUAUAUGCUAUCUCCCUAUAACCCAGAGACACCCGUCUAUUUCGGCUGCAAGUUUAAGCCCUAUGUUAAGCAGGGCUAUAUGUCUGGUGGAGCUGGAUAUGUGCUCAGUCGCGAGGCAGUGCGUCGCUUUGUGGUGGAAGCGCUGCCCAAUCCCAAGCUAUGCAAACAGGAUAACACCGGCGCUGAGGAUGUUGAGAUAGGCAAAUGUUUGGAGAAUGUCAAAGUGCUAGCAGGCGAUUCUCGUGAUGCCAAUGGACGUGGUCGCUUCUUUCCCUUUGUGCCCGAGCAGCAUUUGAUACCAUCGCAUACGGAGAAGCAGUUCUGGUACUGGCGGUACAUCUACUACAAGACAGAUGUGGGUCUGGAUUGCUGUUCGGACUACGCUAUAUCAUUUCACUAUGUCUCGCCCAAACUAAUGUAUGUCCUGGACUAUUUGAUAUACCAUUUGCGACCAUAUGGCAUAGUUAAUAGGCCAGAUGUAUUGCCCAAUAAGCUGGCGGUGGGCGAACUGAUGCCAGCGCCCAAAGAGCCGAAGGUGAUCGAAUUGCCCAAGCCGUCGGAGGAAUCGAUGACCGAACCGGAAAAGGAAACGCAAUGAAAAGGAAACACGCGAUGUUUUGCAAUGUAUAUAGAACUUGUGUAAAUAUCGUUCGAUCGACUUAGAUCCAACUCAGUUUAACAUACUUUUUGCAUUUCCAU